AUGGCUGAUUACAAAUGGGAGGUGGGGACAACCUUUGUGGACAAGGAACAAUUUGUUGAUGGGGUACGAACGUAUGUUGUUCAUGCUGGUAGGAACUUGAAGUUUGACAAAAAUGACAAGGAAAGAGUGCGGGUGAGAUGUUUAGGGGCGCAAGGAAAGUGCGACUGGUCCCUUUAUUGUGGAUUUCUGGUUUCUUGUCAAACAUGGCAGCUUAGGAAAGUUCAAAAUCGUCAUAAGUGCAGUAGAGAAUUUAGUAUAAAUUUGAUGAAUUCAAAAUGGUUGAGUAAAACCUUAGACAACACAUUAAUAGAGAAUCCUAAUUUGAAGUUGGUUGAUAUACGUAAUAAAGCUGUAAGGAAAUGGAAUACAAAGGUGUCAGUUUCAAUGGCUCAUAGGGCAAAGCAACUAGCAGCGAAGGUGGUUGAAGGAUCUUUUAAAGAUCAGUAUAGAAGGAUUUAUGAUUAUGCUCAUGAGAUAAUCAGAUCAAAUCCCGGAUCUACAGUUAAAGUUAAAGUGGAAGAUGUUAAUGAUGAGAAGAUUUUCAUGCGAAUUUACACAUGUCUAAAGGCAUGCAAGGACAGCUUUGUCAGCUGUCGACCCAUCAUAGGCCUUGAUGGUUGUUUUUUGAAAGGACAAUAUGGGGGUGAGCUACUCACUGCUGUAGGUCGUGACGCAAAUGACCAAAUGCUUCCUAUAGCCUACGCAGUAGUUGAAGUUGAGAACAAAGACACAUGGACCUGGUUUCUGGAGUUGCUGAUUGAGGACUUGAGAGGUGAUGAUGUAUGGUUUGCUUCCUGCCAUACAAGACCUACUGCCUGGCGCUGA